AAAAUAACCAAUUUAUUUAUUUAUUUUUCCACCUCCGCAACUCCGUUCUCUCUUCAGAACUGCUGCAUCCCUUAGCCGCUGCUCCUCUACUCCGCUGAUCCCUCUCAUAGCUCUGAAACUUGACCGAAAAUGGCGUUCUUGCUCAAUAAAAUGGGCAUCGCUUCCAAUUUCCGUGCUCAUUCCCAGAAAACAGAGGAUUCGAUCUCUCUGAUCCGCCGCGCAUACCACAUGGAACCUGGGCCUCGCGAGAAAGCCCUCUUGGCCGACGAUGCAGCUUUGAAGCGAUUCAAAUCACAUAAAAAGAGUGUGUGGCGACUCAAAAGAGUUGGUGAUGUUCUAACUCUUGUUGUUGUUGCAGGUUGCUGCUACGAAAUAUAUGUUAAGGCGGUAAUGCGAGAAGAAGCUCGCAAACAAGCGUCGGCAGCAGGCGGUAGUGAGUAAGUGUGAAGGAAAAAGAAAAAGAAAAAAGAGGAAUAAUGAGAUGUAUAAUUGUUUGGAAUGAUGCUAGACUUUAAAAAAAAUGCAAGUUGCAUUUUUUUUUCUUUUGGGUAAAAUAAGCAGUAAAAACAAUGGCGAGAAAUGUUUGUACUCAACCUUCUGCUUUGUCGAUCUGUGUUGGGUUUUAUUUUAUUUAAUCUGUCGUUAUUGCAACUGAGGGCUUUUGGCCUCGGACAUUAAGAAGGAAACCAACUGACCUGCAUUCCUUCAUUGCAAGGUUUAUACGUCUUGAUAGAGAAUGGGAAACCAUUGAUGACGGUAGGGAAGACUGGGUGUGUUUGAUUGGGUGUUGGAGAAUCAAUGCAAUGAAUAUUCAGAUGUUUUUAU